ACACGUGCUUUACGUAUGAAUUUACAGUUGGACGUGUAUCGCGGUUGGACUGAUUUUGUUUUCCACCAUAUAAACCAACAAUUAAUAUAUGUUUUGUUAAUGUCGUUCUUCAUUCAAGAGGUGGAAAUUAGCAUUAAUGAUUUUAUGGCCAAAGUGGUAGCAAACGACAAUUUCUCCGGUCUAUACAUCAGUGCGUAUGGCGGGGGCGGACAACAGCAUCACCAAGAGCAGCAACAGCAACAGCAGCAGCAGCAGCAACAGCAGCUGCAACAACAACUGCAGCAGCAACAGGAGGGACUGCAGCAGAUCCAAAAUGGCAGUGUCGACGUCGGUUACAACAAUUUGGAAGCGUGCAUCGAGUACGCCGAUUCGGUGGCCAAGUGCGGCCACGUGUGCGAAUCCUUGGCCUUGUACGCCCAUUGUUUCCGGAUGGGUCCACUGCCCGCAGAUUGCCUGUGGCACGUGACCUCGGCGUUUCUCGACUUGAUUCGGCAGCAGUUCGACGACUCGCAGACAAUUCCAAAUCCCUCGUCACCACCGCCACAGUCGCAACAACAGCAGAACCAACUCAACAACUAUCAGCACCACAAUAGCCACGUCUACCACCACAAUGCCCACCACGGCCAUCAGCAGCAACAGUCUUGUCCGUUCGUUUGCUGCGUCUGUAGCCUGGUGCUCCGAGAACCGGUCACGUUGCUGUGUGGUCACACGUGUUGCCGGAAGUGCGGGGGUGGUACUGCUUGCAAGCCGAUAGUGUGCAAUAAGUGUGGCGCGCGCACGCCGUUCCAGCCACACGUUGACGUACUGGUCAAGUCAUUGGUCGAGAAACUGUGGCCGGUGCAAUUGCGGGCCUCCGAGCUGCUGGAAGAGGGCAAGGCUUUGUACAGACAAGACAAGAUCCACUUGGCCCUCAUAAAGUUCAACCAGGCAUAUUACACCGGAGGUGAAAAUUAUGAUUUACUAAACGUUAGAUCGAGAACGCUGCUUAAACUUGGACUCAAUGAAAACGCUCUUUUGGAUGCUAGUCGUGUGGUCCAAAUAAAACCGAAGUGGUCAAAAGGACAUUUCACGUAUGGUAUGGCGUUGUUUUCUCUGAAGAGAUAUCAAGAGGCGUUAUUAGAGUUUUCGUUGAGCGCUGUGCUAGGCGAAAACAAUCAAAAACUCAAAUCACAAAUUAACGAGGUGCUACAAAGGUUACUGAUAAUAUGUUCCAAUGAAACUGAAGAUCUAGAUCUAGAGGGUUGGAAUCCCAUAUCUCACAGUUAUUUAAGAUCGUACUUGAACACGUUUAUCAACAAAUCUAACGUAUUCGAUAAUAGUUCAGAUACUUUAAAAGUAAAAUCUAUCAUAAAAGAAAGUACAUUUAUGAAAAAACAACUUUGUGAAAUCAAUACAUUGACCGAGUUGGUUCAACAGAUUUUUUUUGAAAUAAUGCAAACUAAACAUUACAAUUCAAGCGUCUUAAUCAAUAACACACUAAACGUAGAUACAUCGUUGUUGGACGAAUCGGAUUUCAAUUGUGUUUUAUGUUGCGGAAUGUUGAGGAACCCGGUAACGACACCUUGUGGACACACGUACUGUUUAGACUGUCUAGAGCAUAAUUUUGAUUACAGUUUCCACUGUCCGCUGUGUCUGACGUCACUGCCGCCUAGCUUAGCAUUGAGCAAAAAGAACACCUCGGAAUUUGUCAAUGAGCUGAUCAACUGCAAGUACACCAAAAACAAUCUCAUGCAGACGAUAAAUUGGAAACCGGAAGCGGAGCAUGAUAGCACGUAUUUGCCGGUAUUCGUUUGCACGAACGCUUUCCCGUCUGUAUCAUGUCCAUUACACGUGUUCGAACCUCGAUACAGACUGAUGAUCAGGAGGUGCAUAGAAUCGGGUACGCGGAGAUUCGCCAUGAUCAGCAACUGCUGUCCUCCCAUGAAGUUUGCCGAGUUUGGGACGGUGUUGGAAAUUAAAGAUAGGAUCAUGAUGGGUAAUGGUUGCUCUAUUCUAUCUACAAUCGGAAGGCGACGAUUUAAAGUGUUAGUUCAAGAAGAACACGAUGGCUAUGACAUGGCUACUGUGCAAUACAUACAGGAUGAACAAGUUCCAUCAAAAAAAUUAUCAGAAUUAUAUAAACUUCACGACGACGUUCGAAAUCGGGGAUUGACGUGGUUUAAUAGUUUUCGGUCUGAAAUAAAAUCUGAAAUCUUGAGAACUGUUGGAUUUCCACCGAGCACCGAACCAAAUUGGGAAGAACUGCCUGAUGGUCCAGCUUGGACGUGGUGGCUGUUGUCGUUAUUACCCUUAGGACAAAAUGCCCAUGUGGAUCUCUUAGCGAAUACUAGCAUUGAAGUCCGGUUAAAAGUGAUCAACAAAAUUCUCAGCCGUAUCGAACGAAGCUCUUUGUCCUUAAGAAUAACGUCGUCACCAUAGUAAUUUAAUAAUAAUCAAUAAUAAUGAACUAUAUUAUAAUUAUUAUGUUGACAAUAGUACUAUUAAUAUUAUUUAUAACAGUUAAACGACUGGGAGUCUCGACGGCAAUAACAACUAAUUUAUAUUUGUAUAAAAUAUUUAUUAGGUAGUCCGAUCUUGUAAUUUAUGUAUCUACAAUAUCAUUACGAAUUAGAUAUCUGACGUCCGACGUCUUGAAUAAUAUUAUUUCAUUAUUAUUAUUGUAUUUACUAUCGUACAAUAUUCUAUGAUCUCCGAAUCUGGUCAAUUCAGUUGUUGAUUAAUAAUAUCACGUACCUACUAAAUGGGUAAAUUAAAAGAUUUUAUUUUAACGUGUUUCUAUGUACUAAGCUUCCCGAGAUUAGAGAAAAUAACUACUACACAAUAUACCGGAUUCAUCUCAAUUUAUUGUUUAAGAUAACGCACAUUUCCACUAAAUUGUUGGGAUAAUAAUUAUAUAUCCAAUUGCGAGUCACGUUUAAAAUACUUAUUAUUUUGAAUUAUUAUCGUAAUUUUUGCUUUUUAACUAUUACAAUAAAUUCUCAAUGUAUUGAUGUUAUAUCAAUAAAUUUUAUAUUACCCAAAAACCGCUUACGUGGUUCAAUUGUGAUAUUGAAAUGUGUAAUUGUUUAUUUUAAUUUAUUAAUAUUAUUUUUAUAAUAUAAUAAUAUUAUUAUUAUUAAAUAUGCUUAUUGCCUCUUUAAGA